AUGAGAGAGUUCAAAGUAGUUGUCCUCGGUUCGGGUGGGGUUGGCAAAAGUGCUCUUACUGUACAAUUUGUGUCGGGCUGUUUUAUGGAAAAAUAUGACCCGACAAUCGAGGAUUUCUACAGGAAAGAAAUUGAAGUGGACAAUUCUCCGUGUGUCUUGGAAAUUCUCGAUACAGCUGGAACUGAACAGUUUGCGAGUAUGCGCGACCUGUACAUAAAGAACGGACAAGGAUUUGUUGUGGUAUAUAGUCUUACAAAUCACCAAACAUUUCAAGAUAUCAAAUCAAUGAAGGAAUUGAUAACCCGUGUUAAAGGCACCGAACGAGUUCCAAUGUUGUUGGUGGCAAACAAAGUGGAUCUUGAGCAUCAACGUGAGGUGCAGACGAUCGACGGCAACGGGCUGGCGCAGAUGUGGGGGUGCCCGUUUGUGGAGGCAAGUGCCAAAAACAGGACCAAUGUCAACGAAAUGUUCGCCGAAAUUGUCAGGGAGAUGAAUUUCAAUCCGGAAAAGGAGAAGAAGAGUUACUGCUGCUGCACGGUUCUAUAA